AUGAGUCAGCAUGGAGCCUCUGCUGGUGGCCAUGGACAUUCAAGGCCAGUGGAUGAGAGGACACACUCCCCUGCACCCAGCUGUGUGUCCAUGAAGAGCGACAACUCCAACGGUGAGGGCACCAACUUCAGAGAGGGAGGCAGUCAUCCUGAAGCCAGGCCAGUGGAUGAGAGGACACACUCCCCUGCACCCAGCUGUGUGUCCAUGAAGAGUGACCACUCCAAGGAUGAUAUUCCCAACUUCAGAGAGGGAGGGAGUCAUCCUGAUCCCAGCAUCCAACAGGAAGAACAAACAAUUCAUCCAACCCCCAGCAAAGUCUAUCAAGAAGACCUGUCUACAUUAUUCAAGAAGCUUGAGGAAAAAGUCAUGACCUUCAUGAAGACGGAACUGAAGAGACUCAAGAAGCUCCUGAGUCAUGAUUACCCAGAAUCCCCUUGUGAUGAAGAGGAGGAUGAUGAGGACCAGAGAGAUGCCAGAGAUGGAGCUCUGAAGAUUGCAGUGCACAUCCUGAGGAACAUGAGUCAGGAGAUCCUCGCUCAGCAGCUGGAGAAAUAUGGACUGCUUCCUAGAUGUCAACAAGAGCUCAAACAUAGGCUAGCAAGGAAGUGUCAGAGUGUUUGUGAAGGCAUCCCAAAGCAGGGAAAGUCUACUUUUCUGGAGAAGAUCUACACAGAGCUCUACAUCACAGAAGGGGAAAGUGUAGAGGUGAAUACUGAACAUGAAGUCAGACAGAUUGAGAUGGUAUCCAAGAGUCAAGUAUCAAAGGAGGAAAAAGCAAUCAAAUAUACGGACAUCUUCAAGCCCUUACCUGGACAGGACAAACCCAUCAGAACUGUGCUUACAAAGGGAGUGGCUGGCAUUGGAAAAACAGUCUCUGUGCAGCAGUUCAUUCUGGACUGGACUGAAGACAAAGCAAAUCAAAAUAUCCAUUUCAUAUUUCCUCUUCCUUUUCGGGAGUUGAAUCUGAUGAAAGAUAAAAACUUCACCCUUUUGGACUUCAUUCAUCAUUUCUUCACUGAAACAAAAGACUUUACCUUCUCCAACAAGGACCGAUACAACAUUGCCUUCAUCUUUGAUGGUCUGGACGAAAGCAGACUUCCUCUGGAUUUCCAGCACAAUGAAUGCAUCUACAGCAUAACAGAAUCUGCCUCUGUGGAUGUCCUUCUCACAAACCUGAUCCAGGGGAAUCUGCUUCCCUCUGCUCUUGUUUGGAUCACCUCCCGACCAGCAGCAGCCAAUCAAAUUCCUCCAGAGUGUGUGAAUCAGGUAACAGAAGUCCGGGGUUUCAGUGACCCACAGAAGGAGGAGUACUUCAGGAAGAAAAUCACAAAAGAGGAGCUGGCAAACAGAAUCAUCACACACCUGAAGUCCUCCCAGAGCCUCUACAUCAUGUGCCACAUUCCAGUCUUCUGUUGGAUAGCAGCCACUGUUCUGGAGAGCAUCAUGACUGAAGCAGAGAGUGGAGAGAUUCCAAACUCUUUGACUCAAAUGUACACACACUUCCUGAUCACACAAUCCAAACACAUCAGUCAGAAGUAUGAAAACAUGUGGAACCAGAAGACCAUUCUGUCACUGGGGAAACUAGCUUUUCAACAGCUGGAGAAGGGCAAUCUGAUCUUCUAUGAUAAGGACAUGAAUGAGUGUGGUAUAGAUGUCAGACAAGCAUCAGUGUACUCAGGAGUGUGCACUCAGAUCUUCAGAGAGGAGGCUGGGCUGUACCAGGGGAAAGUGUUCUGCUUUGUUCAUCUGAGCAUUCAGGAGUUUCUAGCAGCUCUAUAUGUGUUCCUCACAUUCCAGAACACAGGGAUCAAUAAACUGGAUCAACAGCCACGAACUGUUAUUUCAUUUCUGAAAACAAAGAAUGAAAAUAUCAAUGAGCUAUACAAGACUGCAGUGGACCUUGCAUUGAACAGUGAGCAUGGACACCUGGAUCUUUUCCUGAGGUUUCUUCUGGGCCUCUCAUUGGAGUCCAAUCAGAAAUACUUACAAGACCUGCAGCCAAGGUCAAGAAGCAGCUCAUUACACACAGAGGAAACAGUCAAGUACAUCAAGGAGAAGAUCAGAGAAACCACCACCCCAGAGAGAUGCAUCAACCUGUUCCACUGUCUGAAUGAACUGAAUGACCACUCUCUGGUGGAGGAGGUCCAGGGCUACUUGAGGAAGGACAACAAAUCCAGAAAGGAUCUCUCUCUUUCCCAGCUGUCAGCUCUGGCUUUUGUGCUGCUGAUGCUGCAGAGUUGUGACCUCACAGUUAAGAGCUGUGCAGCUUUAUCUUCAGCUCUCAGAUCAAACUCUUCCAGUCUGAGACAGCUGGACCUGAGUGGCAAUAAUGUGGGAGAUUCAGGAGUGGAGCUGCUUUCUACUGGACUGGAGCAUCCAAACUGUAGACUGGAGACACUGGAGCUGCAGGUUUGUUCCCUCACAGUGGAGAGCUGUGCAGCUUUAUCUUCAGCUCUCAGAUCAAACUCUUCCAUUCUGAGACAGCUGCACCUGAGUGGCAAUAAUGUGGGAGAUUCAGGAGUGGAGCUGCUUUCUACUGGACUGGAGCAUCCACACUGUAGACUGGAAACACUGGGGCUGCAGGGUUGUUCCCUCACAGUGAAGAGCUGUGCAGCUUUAUCUUCAGCUUUCAGAUCAAACUCUUCCAGUCUGAGACAGCUGCACCUGAGUAGCAAUAAUGUGGGAGAUUCAGGAGUGGAGCUGCUUUCUACUGGUCUGGAGCAUCCAAACUGUAGACUGGAGACACUGGAGCUGCAGUUCUGUAAGCUCACGGAGAGGAGCUGUUCAUCUCUAGCUGCAGCUCUCAGAUCAAACCCCUCCAGUCUGAGACAGCUGGACCUGAGAAUCAACACACUGCAGCAGUCUGGAGUGGACCUGCUCUCCGCUCUACAGAGAGACCCCACAUAUAAACUGACUACACUAGAGUAA